UUGGUCUUAUUUUAAAGUUAGACAUACAAUUAGCAGUGCGAUUAAGGUUACGGUUAUAAUCUAAAUCAGAUUUUAAGAAGAUAAAUUAUAGAAAUAGGCGAGUAACGACUUUGUGGCUGUGCUAACUAGUGAUGACCAAGGGGGAGUGGAUGCGUAUCUACGGGUUAUUUUGUGACUGGGCCAUAGAGAUGACCAGGCUGUGACUGUUGGGUUCUCUCUCUGUCAGUGGACCAACCCUGGCAUGGCUACUGCUAGGAAGAGCUCCGCAGCAAAGGCGGGAGGAGUUGGUUUCUCAGAAGAGCCAGCUGCCGGAACGCCGUCCCAUGUCCACUUUGAUGAGAAGCUCCACGACUCUGUCGUCAUGGUGAUCCCUCAGCCUGACGGGAACUUUAUGGUCAAGGUUGGUUUCCUGAAGACCCAGCACAAGUAUGAGAUUGUCUUCACCCUCCCGGAGCUUCCAUCACUGGGGAAGGACGCGUCUCCAGCUCCAGUACCCAACCCCCAUAUCCGCAUCACUGAUAUCACUCCUGUACCAGAGGGUGGUCUGAGAGUGACAUGUGAGUACAUGGCCCACCAGGAGGGGGUGCUGUGUGAGGAGGUGAUGCUGGUCAGUGAGAGCCAGGAGGACGUCUGCGUGGGGGUCAAGGUGCACGCCCGCGUCAUGGACCGUCACCAUGGUACACCCAUGUUGUUGGAAGGAGUGCGUUGUGUGGGAGUGGAGCUGGAGUAUGACUCUGAACAGAGUGACUGGCAAGGAUUUGACUAAACCAGACCAUGUGACACGCACACACACACACAAAAGACCAUGCCACAUGUAUUCAAAUUCAACAUCACCUGUACUUCAAACGAUCCCUGACCAUUUCAAGAUGUUAUGGUCCUAAAGGAGGAUUAAAUUAGGAAAUGGAUAGAAGUUAUUUUAAGUAGUAGUCUGGGUUUUUAAUUUUACAUUCAGGCCGUACUUGGCCGCUAAAAGCUGAAUUGCAGCACACAACGCAUACAAGUAAACAAAUAAAAGCUUACCUUGCUUCAAAAGUAAAACAAGCAUCAACACCUUUUUUUUCCAAUGUGAUCCGAUCACUAUUGAGCUUCCCUCAACUAUACUGAACACAAAUAUAAAUGUAACAAUUUCAGUUACAGUUCUUAUAAGGAAAUCAAAUCAAUUCAUUAGGCCCUAAUCUAUGGAUUUCACGACUAGAAAUACAGAUAUGUUGGUCACAGAUACUUUAAAUAAAAAAGAUAAUGAUCAUGCGGUUUAAUCAGCUUCUUGAUAUGCCACACCUGUAGGUGGAUGGAUUAUUUUGGCAAAGGAGAAAUGCUCACUAUGGAUGUAAACAAGUUUGUGCACAAAAUGUAAGAGAUGCUUUUUUUUGCGUCUGGAAAAGUUCUGGUGUCUUAUUUUAGCUCAUGAACCAUGGGACCAGCACUUUAAAUGUUGCGUUUGUAAUUUUGUUCAGUAUAGUCAACAUACCUGAAAUGCAUAUGUACGAAGUACUGUUGAUAGUACUGUGAUAAUGCGCUAUCCAACUGCCCAUGCCAUUCCACUGCCUACCUGCCCCUAUGUUGUUUAGAAUGUGUUUUCUGAGUAAACCUUUAGGGGGGCAACAAAGUUCACGUAAUGAAUCCAGACCAUUUCACCCAGCCUAAACUCAACUGUACCAAUAGGGGGCGACAGAAACCACUAAAAUUAUCCCUCUCAUCUGAAUCCAAAGGUGAAUAGGGAUUCAAAAGGACUUUUUUAAAUGCAAGAAUUAUACGCGAUUAAUCAGUCGCAAGUGCCUACGUUGCUGUAAAGCUUUUUACCAUCAACAACUGCCUUCUGUCCCGUACUAUCCUAUCUAUCAAGUAUCUCCCCUUCAGGAGUUAAAAGAUUUUGGACUUUAGUGGAUCAACGAUAGCUCAGCCUUCCAAGAUAAUUUUUAUAUCUACAAAACAUUUCAAGUAUAUUUAUAAAAUAUUAAAGAUUGGCGCCAUCAGUACCAUUGGUAGUAAAUCCACACUCAAAUUAGAUUGCCAGUUGUUUUUUGCUCUUUUAAUAUAUUUGAGGCAACAAGAAGAAAUAAAAGCCAAACAUUUUGGUUGUUAGCCCACCAUGAAUCUGCCAACAACUAGUAACUCUUACUCUUUUAUCUACCCCCAAAGCCCUCACCAUCCUCUCUGAGCACUCAUACUCUCGUUGCAACCUAAUAGUUUAGUAGUCACUGUUUACUGUCAAUAGCUUGUCAGUGUACAUGUAUAUUCCGAUCCAAUAAGAAUGUCGAGUAUCUAGUAUAAAACGUAUCCUCAUUUCACAUAGCUAAACUGACAAAGCCCUGUUUUUAAAUAUUAUUAUUUUUAUAUCAGACAAUCUUCAUGUGUUAACUGUGUUCGGCCUUAAUUGAGGAGAACCUUUAUAUCGUUUGUAUAAUAGGCUCUAAUGUCUUAGUUAUACCUUGUUGUUAUGGUGUCCAUACUAAAUCCAUGCUCCAGGGUAGGGGUCAAUUCCAUUUCAACUCAGGAAGUACAUUUGAAAUUCCAGUUCUUUUCAAUUAGGAAAAUGUGGAAUAGGAAUUCUGUUUACUUUCUGAGUUGACUGGAAUGGAAAUGGAGUUGACCCCAGCUCUGGUUGUUGGGUAAUUGUACUGAGGGGUUACUGUACUAGGGGGGGUGUGGCAUUUUGUCAGUCGAUAUACAAUACAUGUUCCUUCAUUGGUGUUUGCUACUAUGGUCUCUGUUCUUUUCUUAUGCCAUAAAACAAAGUUUAAGUGCUUAUCAAGAAAAACUUCCAAAAGGACUGAUUUGAGGUAGAAAGAAGUUAGAGCACUCAGCAACAAAAAAGCAGGGCUGUAUUUAUUUUAGCUCACUUUAAUCCAUUCUAAGCGAUGUGAACAGGUGGAUGUCAAGCUGACAAUAAAUCAAUGUCAGAUUUAAAAUAAAAUUAAAUUGUUUCGUGCUCCAACUUCAUUCGACUUCAAAUGAGUCCUUUUGGAAGUUUAAGCGCUUCUCGUGAAUUUUUGUUAUUGUUGUUGAGCACCUUUGUCUGCUGAAGUGUGAACGCCCACCUGAACUAAUAAAGUUUGUGUUUAAUUGUGAA